UUGGAGAUUUUCCAAGUCCGUAAAAUUUCUUAAUAAAAAAAACCAUUCAAAUAUCGAAUAUAUCAAAUUGAUAUUUUUAAUGUUUAUUAUUUAGCUUUUACAAGAAAAUUUAAAAUAUGGACGAAACUGUUCCUCUGUUGAUAUCUUGUAGCCCUCUAAAAUCAGAGUUUAAUAAUGUCCAAGAAAUAUCGUUUACUUCUUCAGAGUUCACACUAGGACGAGGACUUCAAAAUUCUGUUGUAAUACCAUUUUUGGCAAUCUCUAGAAAACAUUGUACAUUUAGGAAAUUUAACAAUGAAUGGAUUAUUGAAGAUAGCAGUACCUUUGGAAUAUCAGUUAAUGGCCAUAAAGUGGGAAAAGGUAAUAUUAGAAAACUGACAAAUGAAGACAUCAUUGUACUAGAGCCCUCAGAAGAAUUUAAAUACAAAUUCAUUUUUGAACCUGAAUCAGUCAUAAUACCAAGGAAACGCAUAAAACUAGAAGUUAAUGAUAAUGCUAAUGAUUUUAUAAAUGAUGUUAAAAUGAAAUUUGAGGAGUCUCAAAAUUGUGAAAUAAAACAUUUAGAGGAUAAAAUUCAUAAUAGAAAACAAAUGCAAACUACAACUAGGAUGUUAAAAAGCCAAUUGCAAAUUGAUAUGGACAGGCAAAUUAAACAUCUUGAGUCUCAAUAUGCCCUUAAAAUAGAAAAUUUAAAGGGAGAAAAGAAUGAAGUUGAGGAACAGAAAGCCUUACAAAUUGCUGAACGUGAUGCUCAACUAGCAACAGUCAAGGAAGAGAUGGAAGGGAAAAUAUUAGAGUUAAUGGAUCAAAUAAAUAAACAUAAUGAAGCAGAGUCUGAAAUGAUAAAAGAAAAUAAUUCUCUCAAAGAAAAACUACUAAAAGAGCGAGAGGAAUUCCUUAGUGAGUUGAAUAGAAAAAAUUCGUCAAAGGAGGACUUGUUAGAGAAAUUAACUGCAAAAAUGAAAGAACAGGAAGAAGUUCGGUUAAAAGAGAAACAAGAAUUGGAAAAAAUGCUUCGGAGAGAAACUGAGCAACUUAGGAUAGCCAAAGAGAAGGAAUUACAAGAGCUAGAAGAGCAGAAAAAACUAAGAGAAACUGAAUUAAAACAGGAACUAGAGAAAAUAAAAAAAGUUUUGGAAGAGAAAGUUCAACAAACUGAACAACAAAAAAUAAAAGCUGAACAAUAUCUGAAUGAACAAAUGGAACAGAUGAAGAAAUUAAGUAAUGAUGAGAAAGUCAAAAUGAACCAACUGAUACAAGAAAGAGAGGAAAUACAAAAAAAGCUAGCUGAUGCGGAAGUCAAUUCUGAAAAGUCUCUGGAAGAACUUAAGUUGCGAGUUGCACAAAGGGAAACUGAAUUAGCAGCACUAGCGGCUGAAAGGAUCCAAAAACAAGCUGAGCAGUCUGGUGAAGUCAUUAGUUCUUUGCAAGAUCAGCUUGAGAAGAUGAGAAAGCAAUUAGAAAUUGUAGAAACUGAGAAUAAAAAUCUCAUGGAAAGUGUGCCAGAUCCUGUGAAGGAAGAUACAUCAAAACAAAGCACCCUAGCUGAAGUUGGAGAGGUCAUAGAAAGUGAAUUGCAGUGUAGUAUCUGCGCUGAACUCUUUAUAAACGCAAUCACUCUAAAUUGCUCGCAUACCUUCUGUAAAUAUUGUAUUACAUCUUGGAAGAAGAAGAAAAAGGAUUGUCCUAUUUGCAGGGCUCCUAUUACUUCAGAAUGUAAAAGUUUAGUAAUAGAUUCAUUCAUUGAUAAAAUCGUUUUGAAUCUCACAGAGGAAAUGAAGACUAAGAGACAGGAUUUACUCAAGAACAGAGAAGAACUCGAGUCAGUGCUAGAGCGUCAGCCCAGCGCAGGGACCAGUCGCGGAGAUUACAGCUAUGGAGACUCGGACAGUGAUUCCGAGUUCUUCGAGGAGGGGGAGGAGGAGGAGGAAUACGAGGACGACGACUACAAUUUCGACUUCUGGCCAUAUCGAAGACGGCGGUACUAUGCAUCAUCAGAUACCAACAGUGGAUAUGACGAUGCUUCCGAUACCGAGGAGUCCCCCGCAGAUAUUCCUAUUGCCGGCCUCAAUGGUGAUGCAGACCAAUCUGGAAGUACAAACCACAGGCACAGCAACAAUACCGUCCCAGGUGUACCUGGUUCCUACUACGGAGGGUACGGACGUUGCUACAGUUGCGGCGCCCGCGGCCACUGGGCACCUGGAUGUCCGUUCAGAUAACAUUACAAAUUAGGAGUUGAUUUAUUUUCAAAAUGCUCAAGAAACAAAUUUGAAUUUUUAUGAAGAAACCAACUAGAGGAUUAACUAAGUAAACCUAAAUGUUGGCGAUGUUUGAAAAUGUAG